GAGUCAAAUGUAUUUUUCUAGGGCUUCUCUCGUUAGCAGAUAAACCCAAUCGCAGCCACCUUCUCUCUCUCUCUCUCUAUCUCUCGUCUCACUUCUGAGAGCACUUUCAACUCCACUCUCUCUCGAUCUAUCUAUCUAUAUUUAUUCCCUAUUUCGCAUCUCCUUCUUUGCUUAGAUGAUUGUUGGUUCGGGCUGAUAGCCACCUGAUUGGGCUGCUAAGUUCCCUUUCUGGAGGUUUUUCCAGAAUGCCCAAGUGCUUAACGAGUGAUGCAUUAGGAAUAAACGAAUUGACAAUGUGGAAAGGACUUUCUGGUUCACCUAUUUUUUGGACAAUUAGUAAAUAUGUGUGGAUAUUCAUUCUUCAAAGUCUAAGUUAGAUUCACACUUCUGUCCUAUUGAUGACAUGGAGUUGCAGUGCAAUUCCAUGCUUUGGAUCACACUAUGUUUCAAACCUUAAUUGCAGUUGUACCUGCUUGUUUCUAGUGCUAGUGUAGCAUGUCCAACAAUCUUGUGUCGCAGCAUUUAUCAAUACCAUAUGGGCAAAUGGGUCAGAUUGAAGCUGUUUCUGACAACCUGGAUUCGUCAAUACUAAAUAUGCGAAGGAUGGAACUUGUUUCUGGUCAUCCUGCGUCACUUCAGGUUGCAGGAUCCGAACAACAAAUUGGGUUGGUGGAACCAAUGUCCAAUAAUCCUGGGUCGCAGAACAUAACAGUGUUGAGCAAGCAAAUGUGGCAACAGAUGAAACCCGAGGUGGUAAAUCUGGGGUCACAACAGUUCUUAACACCAAACCAGCAAGUUGGGGAGAUGGGAGUCAUGUUGAAUAAUUCUGGUUCACAAAAGCUGCUAGUACCAACUAAGCGAAAGGCUGAGAUGGAACCUAUGCUGAAUAUUCCCAUGCACCUGCAUCCAUCAAUGCCAAACAAACGUUCAACACAAAUGUUAAAUUCACCCCAUUCACCUGGGUUGGCGCAAAUACAUGUACCGAGCAAAAAAGCUGUGCCUAUGCAAUCCAUUUCCAGUACACCGGUGCAAAAUUUGCCUGCAACAAACAAGAGAAUGGUUCGAAAUGAAUCAAUUUCAAGUAAAUCUGGUUCUCAGCGGGUACAGACCCCAAAGAACCGAUCAGCACAAAUGGAACUAUCUCCCAAAGUCCAGACUGAGUCAUUUGAAGCAGUAAGGUCCAAGAUGAGGGAAUCAUUGGCUGCUGCAUUGGCCUUGGCUAGUCAGCACCAAGAAGAUAUAUCUCCAAAGGAAGGAAAAAAUGCUCAAGGUGAAGCAGCCUUAACCCCACGGCGGACACAGGAGACUUCUCAGCCUUCGGAAUUCACUUCCUAUCCUGCUGUUGCUGUUGACCAUGUAUCUGAAAACGCAAUGAAUACCUUGCGCGCCACAGAAUCUUGCGGGCCUGAUAGACCGAAUGAUGUCCAAAGCACAUCUGUGGAAGGUUCUACUACUGAAAUCUAUAGAUGUGAUGGGCGAGAGUUCCAGUACAAUUGUGUUUUGCCUGAUGCUUCAUUUAGUGACAAUUUCUUUGUCAAAGAUGAUCUUUUGCAGGGGAAUGGGCUUUCUUGGGCAUUUGAAUUUGAUACACAGGUGCCUAAAGCAGGGGAAGUUCCAACUGCUGAAAAACCUAUGUCAGUUGUUGAGGAUGUUGGUGGAGAUGAGGCCAAGCAGUCCAUGCAAUCUCCUGAAAACUUGGCCUUCAAAAUUGAAAUGGAACUCUUCAAAUUAUUUGGAGGUGUGAAUAAGAAGUACAAAGAGAAGGGUAGGUCCCUGUUGUUCAAUCUAAAAGAUCGCAAUAAUCCAGAACUGAGAGAAAGAGUCAUGGCUGGUGAGAUUUCCCCAGAGCGAUUGUGUUCAAUGACAGCGGAAGAGCUUGCUUCGGAGGAGCUAUCUCAGUGGCGAAUGGCAAAAGCAGAAGAGCUUGCCCAAAUGAUAGUCUUGCCUGAUUCGGACAUUGAUGUCAGGCGGUUGGUGAAGAAAACACACAAGGGUGAUUAUCAAAUAGAAGUCGAACAAGAUGACAGCGUCUCGGUGGAGGUUUCCACACAGACUUCUUCACUCACUAAAAGGCCACCUAGGAAAAAGGUGACUGUGGCUCACUCCCCUUCUGAAACUGAUGAAACUAGAAACAAAGAGAACGUCAUAGCUGAGAAGAGUAGGUUAGAAAACGAGGAUUUUUCAUGCAGCCUUAUUAUUCCGAAUGAUGGGACGGAUUUAAUGCAAGGGAUGAUUGUGGAUGAAUUGAAGGAUGCGGAAUUUCUUCCACCAAUUGUCUCCUUAGAUGAAUUUAUGGAAUCCCUUAAUUCUGAACCUCCUUUUGAAAAUUUACCUGUUGAUGCUGGACGGACGACACCUCUGUUAGACAAGGAAAAAUUGAAAAUUGGCAACGAAUUGGGGGCUUCAGAUCUAGCUUCCAAAGGCCAUGUGGAUACUACUAAAGAAAAGGCUGAUAAAGUGGAUGUGAAACGCACUGAAUUAGCAGUGGAUUUGAAGCACACUGAAGUAGCUGUGGAUGUGAAAUCCAGUGAGGCUCCUGUCGAACAAAAAAGGUUACCUCCUGGUAGCACAUCAAUGGCUGAACAUGUCUGGGAAGGUGCAAUUCAGCUGAAUAUCUCGACCCUGGUCAAUGUCAUUGGCUUAUUUAGAAGUGGUGAGAAAACAUCGACGAAAGAGUGGCCUAGUUCUCUUGAGAUCAAAGGGAGAGUCAGACUUGAUGCGUUUGAGAAAUUUCUUCAAGAGCUUCCCAUGUCUCGAAGUCGUGCAGUCAUGGUUGUUCACUUCGUUUUGAAAGAAGGAUCUUCCGAGAAUGAGCACUCAACCCUUUGCGAGGUGGCGAAUUCAUAUGUUACCGACGAGAGGUUGGGUUUUGCCGAGGCGAUCCCGAGAACCGAGCUUUAUAUCUGCCCACCUCACACAAGAAUAGUUGAUAUGAUCAGCAAGCACCUGAACAAAGACCACACAGAGAUACUUAAAUCAACAGAUAAUGGCCUAAUUGGUGUAGUUGUAUGGAGAAAAGCUCAUUUAAGUGCCACACAUCACUCACCCAACUCAUCUUCUCACCAUAAACAUGGUUCGAAAAAACACCAGUUCACAUCUAGGGGAGAACAAGAAAAAGAUAUCCAUGUUAAUUCAAACUUAGCGUCAAAGGUUCCCAUUUCUUCUGGUCCACCUCGUACCAAUCCUGUACCUCCACCUGAUGAUGAUGAUGGCGAUGAUGAUGAUGAUGAUGAUGAUGAUAUUCCUCCUGGGUUUGGCCCGGCUGCAGCCCGGGAUGAGGAUGAUUUGCCCGAGUUCAACUUCUCGGGCAAUGUAAACCCAUCCGCCCCAAAAUUUCCUUCCCAAAACCAUUCUCGGGGGUCAAGAAUGACUCAUUUGAACCAUCAUGGUCAGGCUUCGUCCAGACCAGUAAACCAAAUAAGAGAUCUUAUACACAAGUAUGGGCAAACCGGUACCGGUGUUGCUCCUAGUAACUGGCAGGAUAAAAGAGGUGUUGGUCCAGGGAUUCAACCAUGGAACGAUAACGAUGAUGAGGACGAUGACAUACCAGAGUGGCAGCCACAAGCACCCCAGCUGCAGCCUGAGCCACAACGAUCCAUGCAUGGCAGCUUUCAGCAGUCAAUGCAGCCCUUUCCGACUAAUAUGUUGAAAGGGCCACAAAAUAUUGCACCCUCUUGGCAUCAGGGUGCUAGAUGGGUGCAGCCACCGGGUCCCCGUGGUGUGCAACCUAGUAGUAGUAGUAGUUUAGAGACUCAGCCUGGUGCAGGGCCGCACUACUAUGGCUUGCCUGCUCUUCAAGCUGGUCCUCCAGGAGAGAGGAGUAGGGGUUUUUGA